UGGGAGGGUGCUCAAAUGUAGUGUAUGAGGGCAGCGGCGAGUUGGGACGCGUCUUUGGAGAAACGAGGUGGUGGAGAAGAUUCGGCGUAAACACACUUCUUCACCCCCCUCGAAAAAGGGAUCUAGAGAGUCGUCGCUCGUGUGUGCUGUCUCUGAGAACUGGUGGCGCAAGAGUCUCUGUGCGGUUUAGUUGACUCCCGGUGUGUUGGUGGUCGGAGAGUCCAUCCAAUGUGCGUAAAGGGGCUCUAUUUCUUCACCGUCCUGUGCGGACUCGCAGCUUCAGGUGUGCUGCGGGUCAGCGGGAUGCGUAUAUACACAUAUGGGGAAAUGGAGGCAGUCAACGGGACGGACGCUCGUCUCAAGUGCACAUUUCAGAGUUCCUCUCCUAUUAAUCCCAGCACAAUUGUCAUCUCGUGGACCUUUAGACCGCUCAAAAAAGGCAGAGAGGAAUCGGUGUUCCACUACCAGCAACAACCCUAUCCUCCUGUAGAAGGCAUUUUCAGGAAGCACGUCUCUUGGGCCGGUGACAUCAUGGGCCAAGACGCCUCCAUCAUAAUUCGUGAGGUCAAGUUCACCUACAACGGGACUUACAUCUGCCAGGUCAAGAAUCCGCCGGACGUCCACGGAUCGGUUGGAGAGAUUCAUCUGCGUGUCGUCUCCACAGCUUCUUUCUCCCAACUUCUCCAUUUGGCCUUGGCCAUCGCGGGCGGCAUCACUGCAGUGGUCCUCCUCAUCGUCAUCAUCCUGUACUGCAGGAGGUGCACGAAACGGAGACAGAGGCAGCAGGAGGGGAACGAGGAGGCUCCCCGCAAAGAGAGAAAAGAUCCCACUGCGUGCCACCCAUCGAGGUCCUUCCACCUUUACAUGUCAGAGACGUCCAUAGAGAUUGACAGCUCAGAUGGCAUGAUCUCAGAGGCCAGCACCAAAGACCCAAGCUCCUCAGAGGAGGAGGGCCCGAGCUCAGACGACGACGAUGGUGACGAUGACUCUGACUGAGGAAGUGGCGAUAGAGACAGAAAAACUGACGUGUAGCCAGGAAGCUCGCUGGAGGGAUGCCCAGAUGGCACCCAUGGAUUUAAUUCCAGGGUUGUGCUGAAUGGAGGCUAGAUGAAGAGAGCACUGCUGCUGCAGAGUCAGAAACAAGCACUUUGUUUCUGAAUUGUAGGAAAACGGAAAGAAAGUUCUGUUGAAAAGUUUCCAAACAAGAACAAAGAGAUUGGAGGGAUGGUUUUGAUAAUGAUCAAGUCAUUUGAAGCAGAAUCCAAACUACAGCGACUCUGCUUUAGAGAGAGUCCAAAAAUAUUCAUAUGGGGCAAAACAUGCUGGAAAAAACCAGCAGGGUUUAUGAAGUGAGAGGCGUGAUGAUCCUGAAGCUGUAGCGUCCACUGUCGUGAAGGAGGAAGGAGUCAAUCUGUGUUCAGUAACUUCUAGACGCUGACCUUGUCAAGUGUCAGAAGACAUUAAAAUCAGCUGCAACAAGCACUGAAGUUCACCAAAAAUCCUGGCAUGGAAGUAUUGUAGAGUGAUGUUAUAAGUUAUAUUUAAAAAGACGUCAAUAACGUAUACAAACAAUUUCUUGACUUAAAAGGGUAUGGUGGUAUUUUUCAACCUGGGCUACAUUUAUAAAUGUGAGUGUGUAAAUAAAAAUAAAAAUGUGUAUUGGUCCACUAAAUUAUUGGGCAACUCAGUGGCAGUGGCUACAAUUAAAUCUUCAGGGGCAACUAUGACCUAGUUGAUCUAAUGGAUGGAUUCCAAAAGAAAGUGCAAUUUAUGACCCAGGUUGAAAAAUAAUGGAGUACCUCUGUAAUGGACAAAGAGAGUUAUUUAAAGCAGCAUUGUCCUCCACAGGUUAAGGGCCUUACAAAACUUCCCGUCAGAUAACUUGGAAUAAAAAAGCAUUCAUAUAAUGUUUCCUGUAUGUAGCCUGAAGGCCAAAUACCUGAGCAGUGAGUGACAAAAACACAUGGACGCAAAAUGUGUUGUGUUGUGUCGAGUUGCGUUUGGGAGUGCACAGUCAGAUCUGAAAACCCUUUGAUUGCAAAACGUCCUUGAAUGCCUCUUUUCUCACCGUGCAUCUGUGAAUGCAUCACGUCUACUAACAAAUGAUUGUAACUGUCUUCUUUUUGUGACAGAAUUUUGUACUUGUGACUUUAUACUGAGCAAUAUGUUUGUCGAUUUAUCUUUUCUGCCUAUUUUUAUAGAUAAUACCAGAAGUAUUUUGUACUGUUUGUAUGUCACUGUUUGCUUUAGAGAUUUUAUAAAAAAAAAAACAAGGUUUUAUAAUAAAAAUGCCUUUAUAUCCUCUUUUUUUUAAUCAAAUAAAUUUCACUACACAAAGCUGAUCUGUGCAAACACACCAGUUGGCCCCGGAAGCAAACAAUCACACAUAACUUGACGUGAUUUGACAGAACUCAUCUAUUAUGUAAGAGAGGAAUCUCAUUAUCCAGCAUUUAUUAUGCAUCAUUAUUUUUAAUGUACUCCAGUUGUGUGCUUAUGCUGUGGCUGUCUGCAGAGCUUUGCUUGUUUACCUGUUACAGCGAGAAAUCGUUGUUUAAUUUGUGGCAGGUUCAAUAUGUAUUACGUUACCUUUAAUGUGUGACUUAAAUAUGGUUUUCCUUGUUUGCCGGAUGAUAUCGUUCAUGCCCAUGAAUAUGUUACUCCUGUGUGUGUGUGUAUGCAUUGAUAAAAGUCUGUUCCUCUAGGUGCAGCUUUAGUUACUGAGUGACAGAUCGACAGUGUGUGUGUGUGUGUGUGUGUGUGUGUGUGUGUGAUUAGAUUUGGUCAGAGCAUGGAUGACUAACGCUAAAAUGAGGGACAGGGCAGGAGAGAGGUGUGUUUAUCCAAAGCCAAAUAACUACAUGUGCACUAGUGUUGAACUGGUUGAACGACAGUGUUGUUUCUGGAGAAUCUUGUUUGUAUCACCAAAGCUUCUGUGAAUUAAUCUUGCGGAGCUUGAACAGUGGCCUUCAAAUGAUUCUCCCUCUUCAAUAUUCAGCCGUGGGUGUGGAAAUAAACUGGUUCAGAUGUUCAGGGCAUAAUGUUAUAUUUUCUGUAACAUAGCCUGGCUAAUUUGGUCUCGCAACAGCUAACUAAAACAUCUACACAUCAGGUUUGGGAUUAAUGUUAAACACUGAAAAAAACAUAUGCCUAUUUUCUCUAUUAAGAGCCAUUUACCCAGAAUGCAGUGCAACUUGAGGAACACUUUGUAUUUUGAGUGAAGAUGUUAUUUCCUUUUCUUGAUCGGAACUCAGUCAUCAUCACUGCUAUCACCUCACCCAAACAGAACCAGUGUGUGUGUGUGUGUGUGUGUGUGUGUGUGUGUGUGUGUGUGUGUGUAAUAUCAAAUACAAAGGAAACACUGAAUUUUAAACAUAACCAACUGCAUCCACACAGAUUUGAUUGUAUAUCUCCAACUAUUUUACUGUCACUUCUCCAGGGUGACGGCCACACUCCUGAGAGAGGUGUUCUCAACCGUUCCUUGUUCAUGACUCAUUUAAUAAGAUAUUAUCUCCAUUGUGUGUUCAUUAAUGCAACACACACAAGCCUUUUUUCCAAAAGAAUAGACUCAUACGUGCAUUGUCCGAUAAAGGAAUGAAUGGAAACUCUGAAUAUGUCCUUCUCGCUCUCUGUUUAACUUGUUGUGUGUCUUGCUUCAUCUCUCUCUCUCUCUUUCUCUUUCUCUUGGUCCAAUCUGCAUUCCACACUUCAGGAUGGGUCGUACCUGGCACAGUAUUGUGGAGGAACACUAAAUUCCUUUUCACAACUCACGUGUGUGUGUGCAAAUGUCUACUUGUACUCAAAUCUUUGUGAGGACCAUUUUGAGUAAUGAUCUUACAUAGUGAGGACAUUUUGGGAAGGUGAGAAAUUCGGGGGAAUGUGAGGACAUUUUGGUCGUGAGGGGCUGUCUGAGGGUUAAGACUUGCUUUUAGGGUUAGAGUCAGAAUUGGAGUCAUGCAUUUUGUUGUAAUGGUUCAUAUAAGUGUAAGGGGCUCAAAUUAAUUAUACUAUUAUAAUUAUAAGAUGGUAGUACAAAGAUGUGUGUUUGUUUGUUUGCGUGUGAUCCAGGUAUGACUGAUGUUGUCCGGACCUAAAUCUGUUUACAGUCACACAGUCAUUAUGGGAACUUCUCCACCUUUUGAGGACAAAAAACGUCCCUAUAAUGUAAACCGUAAUCAUUUAAAGUC